CUGUGAGGGGAUCACUUCCGGGGCGGGAGGUUCGUGCGCGGCAUCUCCACUGAAACAGUGUGUGAAUCACCGGCGGAGCAGCACAAUACAUGAAGUGGAAGAUUGCGGCAGUGUUCCUAUAUCUGAAGUAGAAAAGCGCGUAUUGAACUCCUAGCUGAGAGCCAGUGUUUGAAAACAAUGCCUGAAAUCAAAUUGAAGCAUGUGGUUUCCUGCAGCAGUGCAGAUAACACUCACACAGCGGAGAACUUGCUGAGAAGUGAUACAUUUCACAAAUGGAGAUCCAGGCUAGUUGGCGAGAAGCAGGUCUCUGUGAUUUUGCAGUUUGAGAAGGAGGAGCAGAUUCACAGCAUUGACAUCGGUAAUGAGUGCUCAGCCUUCGUGGAGGUGCUGGUGGGACACUCCACCUCUGCCAGUGAGCAGGAGUAUGAGGUGAUUUUGGCCACAUCGUCGUUCAUGUCUCCUAGUGAGAGCAAGAGCGAGAAAAACCGUAACCGACUCCGGAUGUUUGGAUCAGACAAGCUGGUGAAGGCCACAGCAGAGAAGAAAUGGGACAGGGCAAAGAUAGUGUGCACUCAACCCUACAAUAAAAAUAUGGCCUAUGGACUGUCAUUUAUACGUUUCAACUCCCCACCAGAGAAAGAUGACCCCUCACCCAGCGAUGUUUCUUCGAGAGUCACCAAGUUGGGCCAGUUUAAGGUGAAGGAAGAUGAUGAUGAAGACUCGCCUUCUAUGCAACCAGGCAGCCUCUUUUUCAGCCGCACCAGCAAACCGCAAGACAUUCCAUCAAAAGCUCCACAAACCACACUGAGUUAUGCAUCGGCAGCCUUGCAGGGCAGCAGCUCUACAGAGACCAGUUGCAACAGUGAAAAACAAACGGUUAAAACGCCCCCCAGCAGCACCACUCAAAAGGAUCCGUCUUCUGGCAAGCGAAAGUUUGAGUUUAACAAGGAAUCUACAAGCCAUGCUCCUGCCAAGAAAACGGACAUCAAGGAGUCACCAUCUCGUCCAAAAGAGAGCACCUCCCAGCCAGCCACUAAAAAGAUGAAAGUUGAACCUUCUACUGCACCUGCAGCAAAGAAAUCUUCACCCCCGGAGAAGCCAUCUCACAAAAAAUCCCCCUCUGCCUCACAGCCUGUGGAGAUGGGGCGCAUUUUGCAAGGGACAGUGUUUGUGCUCAGUGGGUUCCAGAACCCUUUCAGAUCUGAUCUACGGGACAAAGCGCUGGAGAUGGGUGCCAAGUACAGACCAGACUGGACACCAGACAGUACUCACCUCAUAUGUGCAUUUGCCAACACCCCCAAAUACAGUCAAGUGAAAGCAGCAGGAGGCACCAUCGUGCGCAAAGAGUGGGUCUUGGACUGUUACAAGAAGCAGCAGCGUUUGCCAAGUAAAAAAUAUUUGAUGGCCACGGCUGACUCCAGCAGUGAGAGUGAGGAUGAUGGUAAUGACAGUGAGGAAGAUUUGCCUCCCAGACCAAAAGCCCCAGCCCACAGAACGAAUACAGAUUCUGGCCGAACAAACCACAAAAAUCAAGGGUCCAGCCCCCCCAAAGCAAAGCCAUCUAAAGUCCCUGUAAAAGAUGAAGACCAUGAAGACGAAAAACCCAAACCUUUAGUGACCAAACAGGAGGAUGAAUUUGGUGCAAGUACAGAUGAGGAAAAAGCAGGAGUUGAAAGAAAGCAAGCGGACGGCUCAGGAAGUGACACGGAGGAUGAUCUAGUAGGGCCAAAUGCUGGGAAACCUGUAAAGAAGGAGCCCAUGUCAAUAGAUGACCCCUACGCAGGCUCAACAGACGAGAACACAGAUGUGGAAGAAGAAGCCGAGGUUGAUCUUCCCAUUCCUGAACUACCAGAUUUGUUCUCUGGUAAACGCUUCUUUUUGUAUGGAGAGUUCCCUGCCACAGAGCGCAAGACGUUACAGAGAUAUAUAACCGCCUUUAACGGGGAACUGGAAGAAUACAUGAGUGAAAAGGUGCAGUUUGUAAUCACCUCACAGGACUGGGAUGACAGCUUUGAGGAGGCUCUGAAUGAAAAUGGCAACUUAUCCUUUGUCCGUCCACGCUGGAUCUACAAUUGCAAUGAGAGGCAGAAGUGCAUCCCUCACCAGCCGUACGUGGUGGUCCCACAAGAGUAGGUCGAAGCACGAGAAUUCUUCCUUUGGAGGAUGAAAGAGAAACGCUGUUAAGCAGGAGUCCUAUCAGAUGAUCCAGCCCCAGGAUGUGUAGCAAUUGCAGGUUAAUAGGACAAAAGCCACUUCCUGUCUAUAGGAAUGCCAAGAUGAGUUCUCCGUUAACCAACCCUUCAACUCUGGUCUGAGUGACUGAUAUGUGGCUUUAAUGUUAAGAGUUCUAGGUAUUUUGACUUUUCCUUCUCCGAUACCAUUUUUAAAAAGGUCACUCUUAUGUGAUGUAUAUAUUGUAAAGAAAAGUCUUUUCUUAAAUGUUUGUGGCACUACCAUAGCCAAAUGUUUUUUUUUUUUUUAUGUGACAUUUUUACUCUCCGGGCCAUAAAAUAAGAUAAAUUGGACAAGGCAGACAAGGCAUUCAUGUUUGGUUUUAUUGAAAAGCAAUACUUGGACAGUCGGUAUCCUUUAAAAUAGGCGGUAUAGAUCACAGGUAUUCUUUCUAAGAUUGAGCACAGGUUAACAGAGCUUAGCCCCGUAAACAGACACCUAAACCUAAAUAAGCUAUAUGUAUAGGUCAGGAACCAAAUUUAGACCCAAGACCAACAGUGUAAUCCUGACCCACAGAAUACCAAAGUAGUUUACAUCAAACUUGCCAUAGUACAUUAUCUGUGAAUCUGGUAAUGGUGGGUGCUGUUUAAUUAUGGGUAAGAUUUGUUAAAGCAAUUAACUCCUAUAGACCAGAAUAGUCAAACUGAAAGCACAGCUGAAUUGGAGAUUGUAUUUCUAAAUUGUCUAUAUUUGCCUAAAAUUAGAAAUGUACACACUUUAAUGAAUUGCCCGGUUUCUUUCCGUGUAUAAUUGUUGUUUUUUCUUCUUGUUUUUGUUUCCAAAUAGUAAAGUUGUGUGUAAGGAAUUAUGUUGCACACUUUACAAUCUGAGUACUAGGUGUGUUUGAGCGACAGGAAAAUCAUUGUUUUUUUUUUUUUUCUGUAAAAGUAAAAUCUCUUUUGUAUAACACGUAUGUAACUUUCUCUGGGAUCUAUUUAGAGAAACUCCUUCAGAUGAUUGUUAGUAUGCAGAGCCCUACAUCACUAAAAAUCCAAACCUUGUAUAUUGUUGGUGUGUUAUGGUAGAUUUGCACUAUUAGAUGUUGGUGUGAAAUUAGGAGAAACUGCCAUGUCUCUGCUAACCGGUUGAUGUAAUUGUAAACUUCUUUCUUACACAAUUCCUUUGUCUAUAUAAA